UUCUGUCCAGUCUUGGCACACGCUGCCUGAACCUCUUGGGUUUCCAGCAGUUCAUGGGAGACGAGAUGACCUCUGACCUCAUAGAUGAAGGCAGAGAACUUCUGUGCAGAGAAAGAAGAAAACGCCAAAGAAUAGAAGAUGGGGAGAGCAGACGAAGAGAAUGGAGAGAGCGUUAUGCACAACGAGAUGAGAUUGCUGGCAGAAACCGGACUUCCAUGUCUGAGAUGAAGGAAACCAACUACGGCGAAACCCUAAAUUCAAACACAAACCGGCAGGCCAACUACACCCCUAGCAGCAGCCAGACAGGGCGAGACAGCAUUGAGUUGUUGCAAGAUGCUGAGCCGUUGGACUUUAAUGCUGAAACACUCACUGAUGACCCUUUGCAAUCUGAACCUGGCAGACAUGCCGGUGGAAGGUACUUCUCUAUGUCUUCUUCUCGAAGCCGAAUCUUUGAUGAUGUUUGAUGUUUCUCACUUUGGUCAAAAACAGUCAUGAGAAAAUAAGCUGAAUUUUACCUCUAAAAACACUCAUCUCUACAGGUGUGGUCUGUCCCUCUCAUUUUAAACAUCUUCGACUUCCUGUAUCCUGUAAUGCAAUGUAGUCAUCUGCAUGCAUCCUGAUAAACACACAGACAUAUAGAUUAAUGCACACACUUGUUUUGAAGUGCCAGGCAGUCAGACUGCUACAUGAGACAAAUGGGAAAUGUCUCUUUUGCUCAGUUUCAAGAAAUGAGUACAGUCGGAGUACUCAGUCAUGAGAAGUACUACAGACACGGAAGAUUUAGCUCAACACACUGUUUCUCAUCAUUUACUACUGAUAGGUAUCAGGUAACGUCUCUGAGCGUUUACAUCAGUCAAGUAAAUAUGAACGGACGUCAAUGUGGCCAAUUUGUGUUGUUAUUGUGAAUGGAGAUUUUAUAGGUCUAGAUAUAGGCUGUCUUACAGAAUACUGUGCAGUUUUUUUUUGGUCUAUGUGAUUGAUCCGGUAUAAAGCCGGAGAGAUUGCACAGGAUUGAGGGUUCAGAAAUCUGCAGUUAAAAUAACUCCUAUUUAACCUUUCAAAGUGUUAUGGCUUUCCAGUAGUUCAUGUGAGUGGCAAAAAUGAAGUUUUAUGUGUUCUUUUGUUUUUUCUUAAUGU